UGUAACAGGAGCUGACCGCUGCCCGAGCAUCGCACCGUCGCACUCAACUCACCGAGCAAAGAACGCGAGACGUUGACACGCCUCACGCACAGCCCCAAAGAACAACUUUAGAGACAGAUACAACAACAUUUGCGACGCUAUUUGUUGACUUUUUUUGGUUUGCGCGGGCAGCAAUGAACUCGUCGGGCGGUCGCCCCUCCAGAUGGGGCAGGAACCCUUUCGUGCAUACAUUAAAAUUCAGCCUGGCAGACAAAAUAAAGAUUGGACUGAUGUCUGUUACGGUGUUUCCAGUGCGACUGCUCUUGGUGUCCUUCCUCAUGCUGCUGGCGUGGCCCUUCGCCUUCGCAGCCUCGCUGGGACGCUCCAAGUAUGUUGUUGAGCCGCAGUCAUGGUGGAGAAGUUUCGUAGACCUUUCCUUACGUGUCAUCAUGCGGGCCAUGUGGUUUUGUGGGGGGUUCCAUUGGAUUAAGGUGAAAGGCCAACGGGUGGCGCCCUCCGAGGCCCCCAUCAUCACCGUGGCACCACACUCCACAUACUUUGACGCCAUCCCAGUCACGUGCACCAUGUGCUCCAUAGUUACCAAAUUGGAGAGUGGCAGUAUUCCCGUCUGGGGCACCUUGAUCAGGUACAUCAGACCAGUAUUUGUAUUCCGCAUAGACCAGGACUCCAGGAAACAAACCGUUGAGGAGAUCAAGAGGAGAGCGCACUCUGGAGGGGCGUGGCCUCAGAUCAUGAUAUUUCCAGAGGGCACGUGUACCAACAGGUCAAGUCUCAUCUUAUUCAAGGCGGGUGCUUUCAUUCCAGCACUUCCAGUGCAACCAGCAGUUCUGCGGUACCGAAACAAGCUGGAUACAAUUUCAUGGACGUGGCAAGGGCCCGGAGCGUUCAAGAUCCUAUGGCUCACUCUGUGUCAACCUCACAAUAGCAUUGAGAUAGAGUUCUUGCCAGUUUAUACUCCCUCUCACGAGGAGAAGGAAAACCCAACACUUUUUGCCAACAACGUCAGAAAAGUCAUGGCCAAAGCGCUGGAGGUGCCGCUCACAGAUCUGUCCUUCGAGGACCGGGAGAUCAGUUUUGCACAGGGGCCCCUGCGCAUCCAGAACCCCAGCAGCCUGCUCGAGUUCAAUCAGCUGUUGCGCCGCUUGGGACUGAAGACCACAGACAGCCUGCUGAAGGAGCAGGCCGGCAGAGCCAGGAAGCUGCAAAGACAUCAGCUGAGCUUAGAAGACUUUGCAUGCUUCCUUCACCUGCCUGUUACAGAUACACUCAAGCAAGUUCGCAGCCUUUUUGAUGAGGAUGAAGAGGGACACAUAGACAUCAGACACUUUGUUAUUGCCUUGUCUACCAUUUACCGACCAUCAAGGUCAAUGGAGACCCUCAAGCUGGCUUUCGAGAUGUAUGAAAACGAGGACAGCGGCGAGGUCCAUGAAGACGAACUGGCCUCCACUUUGGAAAUAAUGUUGGGGGUGAAAGAAGUCGAAUUAUCAAUGUUGUUUAUGGAGCUCGAUGGUCCAGACACUGGGAAAAUCACAUACGAUGAACUUCAUCAUUUUAUAGAGCAGCAUCCACGCUUUGUCCAGGACUACCUUGACUUUAAAGACCACACACGCAAAUUCUGUGUCCGCCGACCUAACACUUGCAAUGGUCAGAACCACGACAAAGACAACUGAAAACAACAAUUUCAGAUAACUUUAUCUUCAGCAGCAACUCUGCCACUUAAAUGCCUUUACAGCAAGGGUGGGAUAAUAAACACUGAAUGCAAAUGAAGCGAGCAAGUGGCCCAGGACGCUUCCUUGUUAUAUCAGAAGCAGUGUGCAUAACUUUCUGUCUCUCUUUAUGAGAUCUGUUUUACAAGUCGAUAAGCGGUUAUUUAUUUUUUAUUCUUGUGCACCUUUUCUGCUUCAGAUUAAUAAUGUAUCUCAGGAUAAAGGGGUUUCUACCUAACACUCAUUGCUAGUUUUUAAAAUGGGUACACAUCAACUUUAUAUUGCAGAGGGGAAAGGUAAAAGAGGGCCAAGUUACUACCUUGUAAAGUUUUUAUUACUCUUAUAGAUUAUUUUAUUUGAUGUUUUCAUGCUGGUGUCACGAUUUUGGAAUGGUAUGAGAAUACUGUUUUCCUUUGGCUUCUGAAAGUAACAGCAUUUACGUUCAAAGAUAACACUGCAAACGUAAAACUUUUAUUGGAAUCCUUGUUUUGAAAUGGAACAGUGCUCUUUUUGUAUCCUGACUUCAAUGCAAUAACUACUUUGGAAAAUUAAAUAAGAGUCUCAAUGUUUGCUCUGUCAAGGAAAAUCAAGUAUUUGAUUUCAAAAGUAA